AUGGUUAAAGAAAAAAUCUUCUCGACAUUUCCGAUUACAGUAGUUGUAAUAGUUAGAAAAAUAAAAAAAAUUAAAUUUUGUGAAGAAAUUUACAAAUCACAUGGUUAUACUGUUGUUAAAUACACCAGUCUAUUAUCAAAAAUUGAAAAAGGAAAAGCUCGACUAAAAUAUGAAAGUAAUGAUAAUUCCGUUUUCAUUAAUACAGAGGGAAACCUCGUAGGUGUCGAUUUAAAAUCUUGUUCAGUUUUAUUAUACCACGGAUUGCCAUUAAACAUUACUACUUACUUCCAAGAUAUCGGCCGACUAAACAGGAAUGGAUCAUUAUCAUUUUCAAUACUAUCUACAACUACAUCAGCGGUUGCUUGUUUAAAAAAGAUAUUAACUAUUGAAAAUUUUAAUACAACAUGUAGUCGUUCGUCUUCGGUGUCUACAUUUUCAGAAUGCAGUGGUAUUACCGGUCCAGCACAAAUUAUUCCAGGUGAUAUAAAUUGGAUAGUACCGCGUUCAAAACAGGAUGAUGGUUACGAUAUAGUUGAAAUAAGCCAAAAGACUUUCCUUAAAAUAUUAAAUAAAGAUUUUAGUAACUGCUUGCAUAACCCCUAUCUUGGAAUUUUAGAUGGCAUACAGAUAUCUAAUUGUGUCUACCGUUGCACAAAUUGUUUGUCUAAAAAUGCUCUUCUAAACGAAAAUUUGCUAAGAGAUGUUAUUAAAGUAUAUCUCAACAAUAAAAAUAUAAAUGGCAACGAAACUGAAGAAGAGUUGUUAGAAAAUUUCUAUUGUGUAAAAAAAGUAUUUCUUAAAUGUGACGAAGAGAGAACAUCGUAUGUAAGAGAAGCUGGAGAAAAAAAUACUUGUAAAAAAGAAGAAAAACAAAAAGAAAGCGGUGAUAAAAUAGAUAAUGAUAACGUAGAUAGAGCGCAAAAAAAUUGUGUAAAAAAUUUAAAAAAUAUGGAUGAAAUUUUGAGAAAAAGAAAAGUUAAUCAUACAUCAGAAACGCAGGUUGAUGAAAUAGUAGGCCAAGAAAUAAUUAAAAGAAAAAAAAAUAUCGCAACUGAGGAAGUACUUCGACUAGUAAAUAUAGAAACUUACAAAAAUGAAUUCAGAAAAUUAAUGAGUAAUAAAUUCAUGACCAAUUACGUUAUUGUUCUUAAAGAUACCAUAAAAAACCAAAAAAGCACACAAGAAUAUGUUACUGAAAUCCCAGAUGAAACUGCAGCUGUAAAAUCUCUUCAAAAACGUGGUUUAAUUCCUGAAGCAAAAGAAUGCGAAAAUGGUCAUGAAAUGAAGCUAUCUUUUGAGGCAGUGAAUAGAUGGAAAUGCAGUCUUAGAAGCUGCAAAAAACAGGUAGAAGUGCAGGUCGGAACAUGGUUUCAAAGAACCAGAAUGUCACCAAAAACGGCAAUUUCAUUUAUAUAUCAUUAG